AUGCUUGGAGCGUCGAACAAGCGGUCUGGCCCAACGAUACGCGAGUUCCAGUCACUCGUGGGCAGCUUGCUAUGGGUUGCGCGCUGCAAAAAGCCCGACAUCGCCUUUGCGGGCACAGUGAGCUUGAAGGUCACGAUAGCGCCGGCGCAAAACCGUGACCAAAAAGUGUCUCGACGGGGAGCGUUUAGCAACGCUGAUUCUGCGGUCGAUAAGGCCGACAGGAAGUCGAUGACCGGCAGCGUACUUCGCCUUCACGGCAUGGCAGUGAGUCGAGGCGCGCAUAAACAGGGCGGCGUGUCUCUGUCAAUGAUGAAGGCCGAUUUUGUCGCUGUCUCCAAGUUUCUAGGCACGCUUAAUGGUGACGGAGGCUACAAUAUCGAUCAGGAGGGGGUAAUUGGCAAUCUCCUGCGUACCAAAGGACUUAAGGAUGCAAACUCGGUGCGCGCGUUGAUUGGUGACGACUGCUAUGACGAGAAUCUUGACGGAGUAGCGAUGCUUGGAGCGUCGAACAAGCGGUCUGGCCCAACGAUACGCGAGUUCCAGUCACUCGUGGGCAGCUUGCUAUGGGUUGCGCGCUGCAAAAAGCCCGACAUCGCCUUUGCGGGCACAGUGAGCUUGAAGGUCACGAUAGCGCCGGCGCAAAACCGUGACCAAAAAGUGUCUCGACGGGGAGCGUUUAGCAACGCUGAUUCUGCGGUCGAUAAGGCCGACAGGAAGUCGAUGACCGGCAGCGUACUUCGCCUUCACGGCAUGGCAGUGAGUCGAGGCGCGCAUAAACAGGGCGGCGUGUCUCUGUCAAUGAUGAAGGCCGAUUUUGUCGCUGUCUCGUAA